CGAGCCAAUUAGACCACACGGACUGCGCUUUCCCGAAAGGCCGCAGCCGGAUCGGAAAGAAGGUGGCCGCAGUCGCUCGUGGUCUCGGACGGUUUCUGAGUGUUCGUGUCCCUCACCUGCCACCUUCCGUCCUUCGGCUCCCACGAUGCCGAUGUACCAGGUAAAGCCCUAUCACGGGGGCAGCGCGUCUCUCCGUGUAGAGCUUCCCACCUGCAUGUACCGGCUCCCCAACGUGCACGGCAGGACAGGCGGCCCCGCGCCGGACGCAGGCCACGUGCAGCAUUUGUGGAUCAGUUUGCAGCACCUCUUGGACUGUGGGAAAACCAAGAUGAUUCUGCUGCUUCGUUUUAAUAUCUUUUCAGAGGAAGAGUCUGACCCAUCUCUUCAAGCUCUUGAGUCCCGCCAAGAUGAUAUUUUAAAACGUCUGUAUGAACUGAAGGCUGCAGUUGAUGGCCUUUCCAAGAUGAUUCAGACACCAGAUGCAGACGUGGAUGUAACCAACAUAAUCCAAGCUGAUGAGCCCACUGCUUUCUCGACCAGUGCAUUGGACUUAAAUUCAGUGCUCGGAACGGAUUACGGGGCACUGAAAGACAUCGUGAUCAACGCGAACCCCACCUCCCCUCCCCUGGCCCUGCUCGUGCUGCACAGGCUGCUGUGUGAUCACUACAGGGUCCUGUCCACCGUUCACACGCACUCCGCAGUCCAGAGUGUGCCGGAAAACCUCCUCAGGUGCUUUGGCGAGCAGUCUAAAAAACAGCCCCGUCACGAGUAUCAGCUGGGUUUUACUCUGAUUUGGAAGAAUGUGCCGAAGACUCAGAUGAAGUUCAGCGUCCAAACAAUGUGUCCCAUCGAAGGAGAAGGGAACAUUGCACGGUUCCUGUUCUCUCUGUUUGGCCAGAAGCAGGAUGCUGUAACUCUAACCCUCAUAGAUAGCUGGGUGGAUAUAGCGAUCUUUCAGCUACAAGAGGGAAGCAGUAAAGAGAAAGCCGCCGUGUUCCGCUCCAUGAACUCCGCUCUCGGGAAGAGCCCCUGGCUUGUUGGGAAUGAACUCACUGUGGCUGAUGUGGUCCUGUGGUCGGUGCUGCAGCAGGCGGGAGGCUGUAGUGGGACCGUGCCGGCCAACGUGCAGAAGUGGAUGAGGGCGUGUGAGAACCUGGCCCCCUUCCACACGGCCCUCAAGCUCCUCAAGUGAAUUUCAGUAACUGCAAGAGGUUGACUUCGAGAACGGUGCUGUUUCAUGCCUGUUGUGGGUGAAGGAACUUGUACUAAAAUCAGUCUAUUUCAGCCAGUUGCCUAGAAUCAAUAAAGGCAUCAUAUAAUU